AUGGAUUCUGAACAAUCCAAUAAGAAGCGCCGCCGCCACAGCGACACUACUGAAGACGAUGACGAUGAGGAGAAGACGCACCAGACCAGCAAAUGCAAAGGGGCCACUACUAUCCCCAUCUUUCUCAAGAAGACCUACAAGAUGAUUGACACUUGCGACUCGAAGGUUGCGUGUUGGACUGCCGAUGGCGACAUGUUCGUGGUCAAGGACCCCGAUGUGUUUGCUACCUCCAUCAUCCCUCAGUACUUUGAUCACAAUAAGUUUUCCUCCUUUGCUCGUCAGCUGAACUUUUACGGAUUCCGCAAGAUGCAGUCCAAGCCCAUCCGCAACAGUGACUUUGAUAGUAACACGGCCAAACAUGUGACUUUUUACAAUGAAAACUUCAAGAAGGGGCGCUGUGAUCUCCUGAAGAAGAUCCAGAGGUCCACCCGCGGUGGUGGCAACAACUCCGCCCAGGAUCAGCAGCGUGAGGUUCAGAAUCUCAAGGACCAGGUUGCUACUCUCGAGACAAAGAUCGGUGAGAUGACCCAGGCUUUUGAGGAGCGUAUGCGCCGCUUGGAAUUGGAUAUGCUCGGCCGGAUGGAGCAAAUGAUGUUGGCCAUGGCCCAGCAGCAGCAGACCCAGUUGCAGUUGCAGCACGGCUCGUCCGUUGGAGGCAGCAGUACAGCCACCAGUGCCUUCCCCUCAAUGGCUGCUGCACAACUGCCUCCUAGGGGCUCGGCCCAAAUGCCUCCCAGGGGCACAUCUACUGGAGAGAGAUUUGAACCGCUUCCAUUUGGAGCCAGAGGAACCUCCAUCAACACGUUGGCUUCAGUUGCCAAUAACAGCCUCUUUGGUUCUGUUACUGGUGCUGGUUCGCAAUCUGCAGCUGCCGCCGGCAGUGGCGGCUCUACAAAGCCGCCGGCUGGGGCUCCUGGACCUGGUCCUACCUUGCCUCCUCAUCCAAAGCAGAAGGCCUUGCCACCGACUCUGCCCCCGCACCCCAAGCAGAAGAACAUCUCUCCCACGGGUCUUCCCCGGGGCAUGUCGAUUCCUCCUUCGCGUCUCAGUUCCUUGGCCCGUGGGCUCUCGCGUGGAAUCUCCAACUUGUCUCGUGGCGUUUCGGUGGAAUCCAAUGCGUCCGCUGUUCUUCUCCGCAACUCGUGGGAAGACAAGUUCUUCAGUAUGCUCAUGCUGGGUGAGAACGAGGCGGCGGCUGCAGCAGCUGCUCAACAGAAUGCGGGCGGAGGGAUGCCGUUCAGCGCCGCGGAGAUGCAGAACCUUCUGGCCCAGAAUCCUGCCGCGGCUGCAGCCCUGUCGGCUCGGGCUCUGAGCAUCGGUGGUCCCCAAAUGUCCCGCCUCACUUCCGAGUUGAGCUCCGUGUCCAACUCGGGUAUUCCUUGA